CUUGUUUUUGUGAUUAUUGUUCUCAACGUGCCUCUGAUUUAAACUAAUUUAGUAAUUAAAGUCUAAAUAAUUAAAUGUUACAACUUACAGUCAAUCUUGUGAAAUCCACUUCCCUAGAACAUAUAGUUAUUGAAGUAUUAGUAUUAAACAUACAUAUACUUUAUCGUAGGCCUACCUCAGUACUACUACGUUGUACAAUACUGGGUGUAUUUGUUUCAAAUCUGGACUGGGCAAACGGCGAAACUCUGAAAUAUAGUUGUUUAAAGAAGACACCUUUGAAAAUAAGAUUUAUAACAAAUACUACCAAAGAAUCCCAACGUUUUCUUUGGGAAAGGUUGAGAAAUUUGGAUUUUGCUGUAGAGCAGAAUGAAAUUUUCACUUCUCUGGUGGCAACCCACAAGUUAGUGUGUAGGAAAAAUCUUCGACCUCAGUUGUUUCUGGAAGAUGAAGCUCUAGAAGAUUUCCAAGGUGCAGAAACCAAAAAUCCUAAUGCAGUUGUUGUGGGAUUGGCACCUAGCAAGUUUAACUUUCACACUCUUAAUGAUGCUUUUAGACUGGUUCUAAGUGGUGCUCCCUUAAUUGCUAUCCAUAAAGGCCGAUACUACAAAAGGCAAGAUGGACUUGCUCUUGGACCAGGACCUUUUGUGGCUGGAUUAGAAUAUGCCACAAAUAGAAAAGCUGAAGUUGUUGGAAAGCCUGAAGCUUCAUUUUUUUUAGAAGGACUUAGACCUUUUGACUGCAAACCAAAUGAAGCUAUCAUGAUUGGAGAUGAUGUUAUAGAUGAUAUUGAUGGAGCUCAGAAAUUAGGGUUAACGGGGAUGCUGGUAAAAACAGGAAUAUACAGAGAAGGAGAUGAAGUGAAGAUUUUUCCUCCUCCAAAUUAUGUCUUUGAAAGUUUUCCAGCAGCAGUGGAUUACAUAAUACAGCAUUUGGUUUAAAACAAAGUGUUUUAUUGUAUCGUACUUAUUUAUUUGUUUUGUUUUUUGUUAAACCAAAAAUCUCCCAUAAAAGUAGUAUUUAAAGAAAUAUAUAUAAAAAUCAUAGAGCUUUUGACAGAAGUACCUGUCUCCUUAAGGAUAAAGGAAUAAAAAUAAAGUAUUUCUGUUUUAAUUAAUAAAUAUAUAAUUUUACAAUGCAUGCAUUGUGAUUAAAAAAAGAAAAAUGUUACUCAUACAAAACGUUGGAAUCAAGUAUUAGUUGAAAUAAUUUAAUUUUCCUAUUUUAUGUUUAGUGCAGUAAUUUUGAUAUAACUUUUUUUUCACCCAGAUUUUGAUUUUAGCAACUAGUUAGGAAUUUGACAUUAUGAAAGUAUAAACUGGUUAUUACCUAAUCAGAACAUUAUUUCUUAUGCUUAAGGUAAGCAAAGAGUUUUCAUACAAGUGAAAAAAAAUCUGUUGUACAAUUAUGUACUAGCUUAUUAGGACAGAAGAUUGAGAUAUGAUUUCAAGUGUUAUUUUAAUAAAUAUUAUAGACUGUGGUUAAGUUUCA